AUGUCUGAUCCUAGCGAGCAACCGUCGGAGUCCAUGAACGGCCAGGACAAUGCUCUGAGGCCCCUGUCCAACGCGGACGAUCUCUCACUUGGUAAUCCUAGCAACAGCGAGCUGUCCCGGAUCAUGAGCCGCGCCGGUAUCGCCUUGGCCAAUGGCUUUCCACUAGAUGAUGAUGAUGACGAUGUUGAGGAGGAAGUGGAUGAAGAAUACGUCGCUGUUGACCAGGAGGACGCCAACGAAUAUCCAUACUGGUUCCGUCGCCCCCCGACUCACCACCGAACCAAGCUCGAUGAGUUGAAUCCCUUUGUUCAGGUCCUCGGUUCAUCAGAUGUGGACGAUUGUGUGGCCGUUGAGGCUGCAUUCCCGGAGCAGGAGCGUUGCUCGCGUGAGAAGUUUAUUUACCGCCUGACUAAAUGCCCUGAGUUGAGUCUGGGUCUUUUCACCUUGCCUCUCAAGGAUGACAGCAAGCCCAAGCCUCGUCCUACUCUUGUUGGACAUCUCAUUGCUACCCGUACCUCGGAGCCUUGCGUGACUGACCGAUCCAUGCGCCUGCCUAAGGAGUGGGAGGGUCAACGAUGGACACGCGAGGAUGGCGAGGCUGUGGGCCACGAAGAAGUUGGUGGCACUAUUGCCAUCCACUCCUUGGCGGUUCUCCCUGAGCACCAGGGCAAGCAAGUUGGUAGCACAUUGAUGAAGUCUUACAUUCAAAGAAUUCGUGAUGCGCAGAUUGCUGAGCGUCUUGCUAUUAUUGCUCACGGUCACCUCAUCCCAUUCUACGAGUCAUUCGGGUUCGAGAACCGUGGUCCUAGCAAAUGUCAAUUUGGAGGUGGUGGAUGGGUUGACUUGGUUUUGGAGUUUGGUAAUCAUGAGAUGAACUAA